CGCCAGGACAGAGUGGAUGUUCCUCCCUCGUCGGGCCAGUAAUGAAAAGUACGACGACAUGGCAGACGAGCGGCGAGGAACCAACAUACUACUGAGGGCCGAUGAGACGUUCACAAACAUAAAGAAGAGCGAAGUGGGUCCGAUCAUCCCCACCCACGGCUUCUCCAGUUUCAAGUUCAUCCCUGGCACGGACGACACUUGGAUUAUCGCCCUGAAAUCUGAGGAAGACAGCGCCGCCAACCGGACAAACACCUACAUUACUGUUUUCUCUAUCGACGGACAGGUGGCGCUGCCGGAAACUCCGCUGAAAGGAGCAAUGAAGUUCGAGGGCAUUGAGUUUGUUUGACGCUAGGAAACUUGGGGUAUGGACAUUUGGGAGGGUAGGUAUUUAAAAAGAAUUGAGAACGGGCAUUGCAGCUCAAGGAAGUACUUUUUUCCGUGCGCCCGUACUGGCGUGGCGAAUAUGUGUGAUGCUAGGGUUUGUCUAAAAGGGUGUUUUGUCGUAUGAUUUGUAUGAUUUUAGAGAACUGCUAAUGCUUCCGACUGCUAUUGUUGGAGU